CGCAGGAGGCGUACAUCGAGGUUUCCGCUUCUCAGUUGGGCUCGGACCGCGGCUCACGAAAAACACCGUGUGUGUAACGUACAAGGUUGACGCACUAAGGUGAGAAAAAAAGGCAAAAGAAAGCGAAGCAACCGAGCAAAAAAAAGAUGUCUGAAUCCAAGUACCGCGAGUGGAUCCUGGACACUAUCGACUCGCUGCGGUCGCGAAAAGCCCGGCCGGACUUGGAGAGGAUUUGUCGAAUGGUCCGGAGGCGACACGGGUCCGAGCCCGACCGAACCUGCGCAGAACUGGACAAACUGAUUCAGGAACAAACCGUGCUGAAAGUUAACUACAAGGGCUCUAUUUCAUACCGAAACGCCGCAAAGGUUCAGCGGAGAAGCAGAAAAAAAGACGAUGUAACGUUAACGACGGCUGCGAGAAGGAGCGCGGUGGAAGAAGCCAGUCAUUCUGACUUGAGCAACGGGGACAGCGCUUUCGGUCCUGUUGACCAGGACGAGGAGGAUUUGGAGGCUGACACCUCUAUGGCAAUGGACACGGACAGUAAUCCAGAUGAAGAGGGGGCUGAUGAGAGCAGGGAUGGGCAGGACAGGCCGUCUCCUGGGCGCACAUAUGAAGAUGGGGCCGCGCACUGUGCCUCUGUGCGAGCUGUCUCUGCACCCUGCUCUCCCUCUGGCACUCGGCCUGGCCCCGGCUGUGGCCCUGGCUCGGGUCUGGACUGUGUCUCUUUCCAGAAGGCUGGUGAGAGGCCCAGCUCCUUGCCCCCCUCCAGCCCUAGGGCCCUCGCACACAAUGACUGGGCCUAUCAUUCUGCUGUCUGCCCAGCAGAGCGCCAGCACCCAGGAAUGCAGAGAGACAAAGCAGCAGCCACAAAGUCAGCAAUCCACUCUGCAACUACCAGCCCCGGUGCUUUAAAGAAUAACGUGAAGAAAGAAGAUGGAGCCAAGGCGCAGGAUAAUGGCCUUUCGUUUGACCAGUUGGUACCAGACUAUGCAGCAGGGCUGGAUGAGACCAAGAAUGUAUCUGAUGGAAGACCACAGACACUGUCUUUGCCAUCUGACAACUGUACAUUGAAGAAUAAGAUAGAUAUAUCCUCCUUCACUGCAGCUGAAGAUAGUCUUCUGAAUGGUGGUAAAGAUGAUGAAAUCUCUGUGAAGAAGGAGAAGAUGAGCCAGAACUUGUUGCAGUGGACUGUGGCGGACGUGGCCAGCUACUUCUCAGCUGCAGGCUUUCCAGAGCAGGCUGCGGCGUUUCGUACACAGGAAAUUGAUGGGAAGUCCCUUCUCCUUAUGCAGCGCAGUGACGUGUUGACUGGUUUGUCUAUUCGACUGGGCCCGGCCCUCAAAAUCUACGAGCGCCACGUAAAGGUGCUGCAGAGGACCCACUUCCUGGAAUACGAAGACCUCUGAAGUGGCGAUUCACAUGACAGACAGACAAUGCUGCAUUGACCCAAACAUGCAUGCAGUGCCCUCUCCCUCCUGGAUUCUGCCACCCACCUUCAUAUACAGAAUAUGUUAAGGGUGAGUGGGGGUGGGGGGAGGCUGCGGUGGAAUUCUUUCACUGUGAGAAUGACCAGAAACUGAAAGACAGUCAUCCUACCUCUCAUUAUGGUCGUUGGUUUUCAAAUGGUUUUCAUUUCACCCAUGUGGCCCUUCGCUUGCAUUGUCAAGGGAACAGACUGCUACGUUCAGAGUACAUUUUAAAGUGUGGGAGUAAUGACCUUUCUGCAAGAGUAAAAGAUAGGUAAUGCAGCCAUUGAAGGGGAUGGAGCGAUGCACGAAGUGGACCACCUAUGUGUCAUAGUGCUGUGAGCAAAGUGUUUUGGGUCCACAAGAAAAUGUUAGCUCACUGUGGCUGUAAAAUGUCUCCCUGCAUCCUUGCUGUAUCUAUUACAGUACCUUCUGUUAGUCCAGAAACCAUUAGUGAGACACGUGGCUAAACACAGUAUGAUGAGUUGAAUUAAAUGUCAUGGAAGUGCUGGGGAAGUCUACAUAUCUGCAUCAAAUGUCACCAGAGUCUGAUUCCUGACUUGUCAUGCCACCAAUAGCUGCUGCUGAUGGAUUAUGGCUUCAGUGUCUCUGUAACCAAUAAUGACAGCCUACUACCUGCUUGCAAGGCAAAUAUUGUUUUUUUUAAAUUUAGAUCUGACUGUGGUCCAACUUAAUACAGUUGCAUUUUGGGGAACAAUUGCAGAUAGAUGUGACCAGGAAAUUUGCAGCCUAAUGGAAUUAGAUUUCAUACAUAAGGAUAAAGUAAUAAAUGUGGAGAAAUGUUAUUGUAAUACUAAAUAUAUUAUAUUGUUUUAAAUCUAAUACAGCUGCUCAGUGCCUGUUUACAGAGCAGAUCUCUUGAUCAAAUGCAAUAUUUUGUGUUAUCAUCCGUUUAUAAUGUGUCCAGUGUCUAAGUCAGCCUCUUGAAUUGUGACAUUCCAUAUGAUGUAGUCUACGUCUCAAAUGUAUAUCCUCCCCCCCUUUUAUCUGUAACAUUAACUCUUAUUCCAGAGUCCCAAAUAAAGAUUGUGUUUCUUUGUUCAGCCA